AUCUUUUUGAAUUUGAGCAACCCUCUUAAAUCAUUUGAGUCACAAGUCUGAAGAACUUUCUAAUUGUGCCCAGCAUCAGCAAGAGAAGAAAUUGUAUCAUCAUCGUAGAGAGGUACGCACUGAUUUCUGAAAGAGGUUUGUAAAUGCCUUCCCAUGGCUGGCUUAGGUACUAUCAUAACCGCUUUCCAGCGAACGACGAUAGAUAGCCCCACCUCUAAUACGUCAAGCGGCACUAUGAGUACUAGUAUGAGUCACUCCACGAGCCACUCCACACACUCCCGGACGAACUCGGCUUCUUCGCAUAGCCAUUAUGGCAACGGAAGCCUCCACUGGGAAGGCUCGAAACACGGAAGCGUGGAUACGCUUAAUAUCAGUAUUCCGGAUGAGUUUGAGUUUGCGGAGAGGUACAGUCGGUUGGUGGAGCUGGAGAAGAUUCCUUGGAAUGAACAGUUGGUAGGGCGUGUCUUGCGGAACAGCGAGAAGGUCUGCCAGCUGGUGGAUCGCAUCCCGCAGAGUGUCGUCCAGAGGCUCUCGUUCCUGAUGCAGCGUCCGUUCAUAAGGGUUGUCCGGGAAGUCAAACGCUUGAGCACCGACUACGCCAAGUGCACCAAGCAUGAGAUUCAGACUGCGGUGAAGCUCGUCAUGGCGCCCUCGUUGGCGGAUGCCUGCAUGAAUGCAGCGGUGAAAGCUCUGUCGCUGUACCAGAUGAGCAGCGAGCAGAUGCGACGUGGGAAGACUGCUCGGGCGGGACUGACCUUCCCUAUUGGACGUUUCUUCCGAUGGUUGGCGGAAGCAAGGAUAUCGUCGCGUGUCGAAGACCAUGCUGCUCUUUACCUUGCUGCAUCGAUGGAAGCACUGGCGUCUGAGCUUUUCUUCAGGGCCUGUGCUCCAUAUUUUGAGAAGACGGACGGGGAACUGACCCAAGCAGUGUUGGAUUAUGGGAUAGCGAAUGAGGCAGAGCUUUGGGGGAUGCUGCAGCCUUAUGAACAUCUUAUCUGUGGCAGAAAUUCAUCAGGUGGGUUUUCUUUUGAUUUAGAUUUUUGUAAAAUUGUCUGUUCUUUCUUUGUUGUAUUUACUAUGUGCAUGUUUGUGUAUGUGUGUGUUUGA